AUGGUUGGGGCCUUUCAUGGCCAUGCGCACAACCGGAGGUGCCAGAUUGACUGGCACCCGAUGUAUAUUGAUGGUACUGGCCACACGGAGGGUGAAGGUUUUGAACAUGUCUUUUCAUCCUCGAACGAGCUUGCACGUAGUACUCGCCAUGCUAAUCCAUUUCACCGGCAUCAGUCAAUCAAACAGCACUUCUCAUUUUGGGAUGAGGACAAGUAUGCGGCCCUUAGCACAUUUUUAUGCAAUCACUACCGAGAAGCCCUGACAGCUAUUCAUACCCUUACUGCCAAACUUACUGCCAUCGAAGGUAUUCUCGAUCUUACAGAUGCGGACUUCAUUCGUUUUCACGAGCAAGAACACUUAUAUCUGGAUGGUUUGAAAGAGCCACCAGUCAAGGAUCGAAUCAGUGUUCAGUAUGUUCAAUCUCUUGAUGAGGUUGCAGAGCGACAAGGUUUUGAGGAAAUGCACGUCGCUCUCAACCAAGCUCGGGUCCAUGUUGAUGGAGCUUAUUCCAAGCUUCAAAAUGCGGAAGCUAUGGCUUCGCACUUGGAAAUCCAACUCGGAAUCAAUAAACGGUGGGAGAUUGGAAGCGAACACUACAACCACUUUCGUCAAGAAGCUUCAUUAUUAAAUUAUCGCACAGCACUUGAUGAACUCAAAUGA